CUGACCACUAUGGCCGAAUUCACGUCCCUCAUGCCUGCGCCCCACAUCCCCGACGAUGUUACCGUUCCCCAAUUCUUAUUCGAUUACGAGCAUCCGAUUAGAAUGACGAGGAAAGCCGCCACGCCCUGGAUUAUUGAUGCUGCCACCGGGAAGACGUAUGGGAAGGAUGAAUUGUCUGAGAGGACAUGGAAUCUUGCCAACGGGUUGAGUUUGCGCUACUCGCUAGGUGCGGCCCUCAGGAUUCUGGUUUGUGGAACCUUUCUCCGAAUAUUUACAGUGCCCAUUCCUCCCAUAGUCGGCAUUCUGAGCAGUAAUCACGUCGACUUUGCAAUAUCGGUUUGGGCUGCCCACAGGCUGGGGAGCUCUGUAUUCACCUUGAAUCCGACAUUCAACGCGGAGGAAAUCUUGCCAUCUAUCCGGGAUAUGAAGCCGGCUCUCUUAUUCGUCCACCCCAUGGCUCUACCAGCGGCAACCGCUGCUGCCGCUUCCGUUGGCCUCUCCACGGAUCGCAUAAUUCUUUUGGCAACAACUGACAAGAUUGGCGAGCACGCGUUGGUGACUGAACUCGUCGAACUUGGUUUUUCUAGUAAAGAGACACACAAGUUUAAGGAGUACAAGCUUGCGCCUGGGGAGGGGAAAACUAAAACAGCACUAUGCUUCCCUUCGAGUGGGACUACGGGAGUGCCGAAGAUGGCUGCGCUGCCACACGCAGCUAUCAUCGCAAACGUACUCCAAAAUGCUGCUUGGGAUAUGGGUUUGGGGACAGAGCCUAUUCCUGUCGAAGAGAGACGAUUUAGGCCCGGCGAUGUUUCGCUUGCGGCUUUGCCUUUCUUCCAUAUUUUCGGUCUCCUGAUCAACCUGCAAUACCACUUGUUUUGCGGAAUGACCGCCGUCAUCCUACCCAAGUUCGAUUUCCGCGACUUUCUCGCAGCAAUCAAGACCUACCAGGUCAACCAGCUCUCCUUGGUCCCACCAAUCAUGGUGCUAUUCAGCAAACACCCUGCUGUUGUCGCCGAGGAUCUUAGAUCCAUUCGCGUCAUCUACGCUGGUGGCGCACCAGUCAACCUCCAUUUUGUGCAAGAGAUGGCGAAGCUCAUGCCCAAUGCGGUAAUCGAGCAGAGUUUGGGCAUGACGGAGGUCUCGGGCAUCGUUGCGAUGCCGCCGCUUGACCGACAGGUGUCGACUGGCAGCGGCGGUUGUCUACUUCCAGGCAAUUCCGCGCGAGUCAUGAAGACGGAGACAGGGGCAGACGGAGAUGUGAAGACGGCAUUGGCAGCGCCGGGCGAACCGGGAGAGCUUUAUAUACGGGGACCGUCGAUUGCGACUCACUACGUGAACAACGAGAAGAUGUGUGUAUGUUGCUUGAUAAUCUCAAACACUGACGUCGUUGCAGCUCAACGGAGACGUUUGUGGACGGAUGGGUUCGGACAGGGGAUCAAGUGUACAUUGACGAGAAAGGAGAGGUGCAUGUUGUGGACAGAAUCAAGGCAUGCUGCUGUUUACCGGGGCCUUGUGGAGUCGUCUUACUCGUGGCAGGAUUUCAUCAAGGUCCGCGCUUUUCAAGUUGCGCCAGCCGAGCUGGAAGCGAGACUCGCGGCUAGCGCUGACGUUGCGGACUGCUGCGUUGUGCCUGUCCCUGACGAGUUCAAUGGGCAGCUGCCCAAGGCGUAUGUCGUGCUUAGCGCAAGUGCGUUGGAACGGGUCGGAGCGAGUGCUGAUGCGGAAGGGGAAAAGGAAAAGAUCAAGGAAGCGUUAAUCAAGGACAUCGCGGACCACAAGGCGAAAUAUAAGGGCCUUGGUGGAGGGGUGGAGUUUAUUGACGCCAUUCCGAGAAAUGCAGCUGGGAAGCUGUUGAGGAGGGUGUUGAGGGAGAAGGCAGCGUAUGUGAUUUGA